AUGAACCACCUUAAAUUUUCAAAGGGUUACAGUUUAUCUAAGACUAUCGCCCAUGUGAUCCGUGAAAUUCGACAUUUUCAACAGACGCCCUACAAAAUAGAGCUGAUAACAAAAGUAACAAAUUAUUUACUCGACACGACAUUACUUCUUGAAGAAGAUGAUCUAUAUCGCAUGUCCUUGGAAAUAGAGCCGAGAACAUCCCGACUCAGCAAUGCAACUUUUAUUAGUACCCCUUCUACUACCAGCGUUAUUCACAACAAUCAAACUUCAACAAAAUAA